AUGAUAAAAGAUUUGGGUCUUCAUUAUGAAAAAAUACAUGCAUGCCCUAAUGAUUGCAUGCUAUUUUGGAAUAACAAUGCAAAGGCUGAUAGUUUCUCUGUUUGUGGGUCUUCUAGAUGGAAACGUUCUAAUCGUGCCUUGACUAAUACAAUUUCUAAAGUUCCUGCAAAGGAUUUAAGGUACUUUCCCUUGAAGCCUAGGCUUCAGAGGAUAUUCAUGUGUCCUGAAACAGCUAUUGCAAUGAGAUGGCAUGCUAAUGAACGACCUAAUGAUGGGAAUUUGAGGCAUCCCGCUGAUGGAGAAGCUUGGAAGGAUUUUGAUUCUCUACAUCCUGACUUCUCCAAAGAUCCACGCAAUGUUAGGUUGGGUCUUUCAAGUGAUGGUUUCAACCCAUUUCGAACCAUGAGCAUUUCUCAUAGCACGUGGCCUGUCAUGUUAAUGAACUAUAAUUUAUCACCAUGGAUUUGCAUGAAGCCAGAAUAUAUCAUGUUGUCAAUGAUCAUUCCAGGUCCUUCAUCUCCAGGAAAUGAUAUAGAUGUGUACUUACAACCACUUAUUGCAGAAUUGAAAGAACUAUGGGAAACUGGGAUAGAAACAUAUGAUGCUGAGACAAAGCAAACAUUUCAAAUGCGUGCAGCCUUGUUGUGGACAAUUAGUGAUUUUCCAACAUUAGCUAUGCUUUCAGGAUGGAGCACCAAGGGGAGGUUGGCAUGCCCCACUUGUAAUUAUGACACAUGCUCUCUAUAUCUCAAACACAGUCAUAAGAUGUGUUACAUGGGCCAUCGAAGAUUUUUGCCGCAUGAUCAUCCUUUGCGGAAAGAUAAGAAGUCAUUUGAUGGUAAGGAGGAACAUAGACCUGCACCUACUCCUUUGUCGGGUGUAGAAGUGUUUCAAGAGCUGCUUGAAUUCAACAAUGUUUUUGGAAAGGGCAAAAAGAAAAGACCUCGGGAUAACAAGGGUCCGUGGAAAAAAAGAUCUAUUUUUUUUGAAUUGCCAUAUUGGGCGCAUAACAAAUUGAGGCACAAUCUUGAUGUGAUGCACAUCGAGAAAAAUAUAUGUGACAGUUUGCUUGGGACUUUAUUGGAAAUAGAAAAAAAGUCAAAGGAUCAUGUAAAUGCUCGCUAUGACUUAAAAGUGAUGGGGAUACGAGAAGAGUUACAACCAAGAGAAGAUGAUAAUGGAUCAGUGAGUUUGGCUAAAGCUUGUUUCUACAUGGAACCAAAACAGAAAAGUUUAUUUUGUACCGUUAUAACUAAUGCCAAGUUACCAAAAGGUUGUGCUUCAAAUAUUUCAGAACGCGUGCACGUGAAGGAGAUGAAAAUAUCAGGGUACAAGAGUCAUGAUGCUCAUUUUUUAAUGCAUUACUUGCUCCAGGUUGUUGUUACAAAGACGUUUCCCAAGAGUGUUUCAUUGGCCUUGAUUAGGUUGGGUAAUUUUUUUAGAGCUAUCUGUAGUAAGGUCAUAAGGCGAAGAGAUCUUGAAAAAAUGAACUCUGAAAUAGUUGAAAUAAAUUGUGAGCUUGAAAAGAUUUUUCAUCCAACAUUUUUCGAUAUAAUGCUACAUUUGCCUAUUCAUUUGGUGAAUGAAAUUAAGCUUGGGGGUCCAGCUCAUCUUCGUUGGAUGUAUCCCAUUGAGAGGAACCUAUGUAAAUACAAGGCAUUUGUUCGUAAUCGAUCUUUUCCAGAAGCAUCGAUAGCAGAGGGAUUUUUGGCAGAAGAGUGUUUGAUUUUUUGUUCAAGAUACCUACAUGACAGCGUGAAGACAAGAUUCAGUAGAUACCCAAUUGUAGAUGAUGAGUGCCCUCAACAUUUGUCAUCUAUAUUCCCUGUUAUAGGCCAUCCAAUUGGAAGUAAGAAGAAAAAUACUUUUCUCAUGGAUCCACAGUUAUGUUAUGAAGCACAUCGAUAUGCUCUAUUCAAUACUAGAGAUGAACAAGUGGAAAAGUUCAUCGAGGAACAUAAGAAUUUAAUUGGUAAUCGCAGUAGAUCAAAUGCAUGGGAAAGGGCAAGAAAUCAUAGUCGGGAAUUCAACAAUUGGUUUGCUGAGAAAGUCAAAAAUAUUGAAGUGCCCAAUUAUAUAAGAUGGCUAGCUAAAGGGCCUAAUGCGAUCGCCAAAAGAUAUACUGCAUAUUUCAUUAAUGGAUACCGAUUUCAUACCAUAGAACGGGAUUCCCGAUGCAAGACUCAAAAUAAUGGAGUGACUUUAUCGGCAACAACCGAUAGCUUUGCUAGCUCUAGGGACCAAAAUCCCAUCGAUGGUGAGGUUAUCUAUUAUGGAGCUAUUCAGGAUAUCAUUGAGAUUGAUUAUUGGGGUUGUUUUAGUGUUGUACUAUUUAGAUGCGACUGGUUUCGUAAUGAAAUAGAUGAAUAUGGGUUAACCCGUGUGUACUUUAAGAAAUUAUGUAGUACAGACGACCCUUUUGUGUUAGCAUCACAAGUUUAUCAAGUUUUAUAUGUGGAGGAUCCUGUUGAGAAAGAUGUUUAUUAUGCAAGGAAUAAAGUCCCUGUUGAUUUAUAUGAUUUAGAGGAAGAGAAUUGCCCUAAUAUUGAAGACGCAUUUUGGAGGGAGCCUAAUGAUGACAUUGGUUCCUUCAGCGGAUUAGUUGAUGUUGACGUUGGAUGCUCAAGAAACGAUGUACCCGUUGAUGUCGUUGAUAUUCCAUCUAAUUCACAACAUUCAAAUGAUACAAUUAUAGAAACAUCGGAAGAGGAGAAUGAGUUUGAUGAUACUGAUUNUUGCAUGCAGCCGGAUCACUUGCAUCUUUGCUGA